AUGUCUGUGAUAUAUGGAAAAGUAGUGUCGCUAAUAAUAUCCGAAAGAUUUGGACCAGUUGUAGAGAAAAUCGUAAGCUUUUUAUUCAAGUGCCAAUGCAGUCCAUUAUUGUACAUAAAAAGAGGUACAGAAUUGCCUUUAUCCAAGAUUAAAGAAUCUCUAUGUGUUUUAAUAAAGUACCGCCUGGUUAAUUUUAAACCAAAUAAGAAUGAGAACUUAGCCAAUUAUAGUUUAAAUGUCGAGAAUGUGCUUUUAAUGCUUCGAUAUCCGUAUUAUUUGAACCAUGCUAAGAAAUUAUUCGGUGACCAAUCAGAAAUGAUUAUAGAGGAAGUACUGCAAAAAGGAUUUUGUUCUGCAUCUGAACUAAUAAUAAAAGUCUUUGAUAAACUAUGUAAUAACGAAGAAAGAUCUUUAACGCUGUCACAAGUAAAGGAGAAAUUAGUUUAUUUAGUAACUGCAAAAUACUUGACCCGAGUACCAUAUGCAAAAGAAGAUAAACCUGUACCUUUAUUAACUGUAGAUGAGAAAGAAUUGACUUCGUUACCAAAUAUUGAUAUUAAGACUUUAGUAAUGCACAGAAAGGAUAACUCAGUUGAAUUGCCAGAUAAAAAUAUCUAUUGGACUGUAAAUUUUGACAGAUUUCAUCAAGAUAUGAGGGACAAAAUAAUAGUUGCAGCAUUUAAUAAGAAGUUUGAUGAAAAUGCUGGUGAAAUUAUAAAGAUAUUUCUUAGACAAAUGUACAUAAGAACGGAUCCUUGGGCAGAUGUUUCAAAUCCAGUCCCUGCCCUUGAAGUAAAAGAUAUUUUAAGAAAACAGAUAUCUGCUUCUCACAGUCUGGCGUUUUUCGAUCAGUAUAUUAAUAUAAUUUCACAAGAAACCAGUAGUCUUUUAAGAAAAGCUGGCGAAGCCAGUGGAGGGUCGUAUCAGAUAUUUUUAAAAGAAGCAUUUACACAAUUUGCGUGGGAACUUGUUGAACAAAUUGUAUUAGAAAAAUAUGAUUCAAAAGCUGCAAGAAUAUUUAGAUUGGUGAAAUUAAAACCAUAUAUUGAACCUGACCAGUUGCAACAAUUGGCUAUGAUUCCGGCAAAGGAUGCCAAAAAACUGUCUUAUCAGUUAUAUGAAGACAAUUUUUUACAUAUUCAGGAAUUAAGAAAAGCGUCAGCAAAUAAUGGUCCAGUAAAGAAUUUUACUCUGUUUCAUAUAAAAUUAGAGAGUGUUGUAAGAAUGUUACUAGAAACAUGCUACAAAACACUUUUUAACACUAUGACCAGAUGCAAUCACGAAAAAUUGCAGAAUAAACGGAUCAUAGAUAAGAAACAUCGAAUAGAUACGAUUUUGAUGGGUAUGAAAGCCCAAAAUGCGACUGAGGAACAAAUGGCAGAUAUAGAGGACAUGAUAACAUUACCGGAAAAAGAAAUUUUAGAAAACAUAAGUAGGAUCAUUAAAAAAUUUAAUACAGUUGAAUUAGAGAUAGAUCAGACGAUUUUUAUGUUACAAAUGUUUUUGGUGUAUCAGAAAGUCAAUUAAAUAUCUUCUAAAGACUUGUA